AUGGUUAAACAGAGCUGCAGUACCUCUUCACACCAGCAGGGUGGCUGUGGAAGCCCACAAGUUCAGCAGCAGAGCUCAGAGGUUCCCAGUGAUCAGUCUGCACAGCAGCAUCAAACACAGCUGGACUCCAUAUUUAUGCUGCUGGAGGAGAACAUCGUCACUUUUGUGAAGAACGAGCUGAAGAGAGUCCAGAGGGGUCUGAGUCCAGAUGACCCAGAAUGCUUAGGGAGUCAGAGUGAGGAUGAGGAGGUGUUGGACGGUGAGGAGGAAGAGCAGAGGAGGAGCAGCAGAGACGCAUUUCUGAAGAUCACAGUGCACUUCCUGAGGAGAAUGAAGCAGGAGGAGCUGGCUGAGCGUCUGCAGAGCAGAGCUCGUGCCGCAAAGUGUCGACGUAAACUCAAGUCUAACCUGGAGAAGAAGUUCCAGUGUCUGUUUGAGGGGAUCGCUAAAGCAGGAAACCCAACCCUUCUGAAUCAGAUCUACACACCGCUCUACAUCACAGAGGGAGGGACUGCAGAGGUCAAUGAUGAACAUGAGAUCAGACAGAUUGAAACAGCAUCCAGGAAACCAGACAGACCAGAAACAACAAUCAGACAAGAAGACAUCUUUAAAGCCUCACCUGGAAGAGAUGAACCAAUCAGAACAGUGAUGACAAAGGGAGUGGCUGGCAUUGGGAAAACAGUCUUAACACAGAAGUUCACUCUGGACUGGGCUGAAGACAAAGCCAACCAGGACAUACACUUCACAUUUCCAUUCACUUUCAGAGAGCUGAAUGUGCUGAAAGAGAAAAAGUACAGCUUGGUGGAACUUGUUCAUCACUUCUUUACUGAAACCAAAGAAGCAGGAAUCUGCAGGUUUGAAGAGUUCCAGGUUGUGUUCAUCUUUGACGGUCUGGAUGAGUGUCGACUUCCUCUGGACUUCCACAACACUGAGAUCCUGACUGAUGUUACAGAGUCAACCUCAGUGGAUGUGCUGCUGACAAACCUCAUCAGGGGGAAACUGCUUCCCUCUGCUCGCCUCUGGAUAACCACACGACCUGCAGCAGCCAAUCAGAUCCCUCCUGAGUGUGUCGGCAUGGUGACAGAGGUCAGAGGGUUCACUGACCCACAGAAGGAGGAGUACUUCAGGAAGAGAUUCAGAGAUAAGGAGCAGGCCAGCACCAUCAUCUCCCACAUCAAGACAUCACGAAGCCUCCACAUCAUGUGCCACAUCCCAGUCUUCUGCUGGAUCACUGCUACAGUUCUGGAGGAUGUGUUGAAAAGCAGAGAGGGAGGAGAGCUGCCCAAGACCCUGACUGAGAUGUACAUCCACUUCCUGGUGCUUCAGUCCAAACUGAAGAACGUCAAGUAUGAUGGAGGAACUGAGACAGAUCCACACUGGAGUCCAGAGAGCAAGAAGGUGAUUGAGUCUCUGGGAAAACUGGCUUUUGAGCAGCUGCAGAAAGGCCACCUGAUCUUCUAUGAAUCAGACCUGACAGAGUGUGGCAUCGAUAUCAGAGCAGCCUCAGUGUACUCAGGAGUGUUCACACAGGUCUUUAAAGAGGAGAGAGGGCUGUACCAGGACAAGGUGUUCUGCUUCGUCCAUCUGAGCCUUCAGGAGUUUCUGGCUGCUCUUCAUGUCCAUCUGACAUUCAUCAAGUCUGGAAUCAAUCUGCUGGCAGAAGAACAAACAACAUCCUGGUGGUCUAAAGUCUUUAAAGACAAACCUGAACCAACACGUUUCUACCAGAGUGCUGUGGACGAGGCCUUAAAGAGUCCAAAUGGACACCUGGACUUGUUCCUCCGCUUCCUCCUGGGUCUUUCACUGCAGACCAAUCAGACUCUCCUACGAGGUCUGCUGACACAGACAGGAAGUAGCUCACAGACCAAUCAGAAAACAGUGGAGUACAUCAAGAAGAAGAUCAGUGAGAAUGUGUCUGCAGAGAGAAGCAUCAAUCUGUUCCACUGUCUGAAUGAACUGAAUGAUCGUUCUCUAGUGGAGGAGAUCCAACAAUACCUGAGAUCAGGAAGUCUCUCCACAGAUAAACUGUCUCCUGCUCAGUGGUCAGCUCUGGUCUUCAUCUUACUAUCAUCAGGAAAAGAUCUGGACGUGUUUGACCUGAAGAAAUACUCUGCUUCAGAGGAGGCUCUUCUGAGGCUGCUGCCAGUGGUCAAAGCCUCCAACAAAGCUCUCUUGAGUGGCUGUAACCUCUCAGAGAGAAGCUGUGCAGCUCUGUCCUCAGUUCUCAGCUCCCAGUCCUCUAGUCUGAGAGAUCUGGACCUGAGUCACAACGAGCUGCAAGAUUCAGGAGUGAAGCAGCUUUCUGCUGGACUGGAGAGUCCACACUGUGGACUGGAAACUCUCAGUCUGUCAGCAUGUCUGAUCACAGAGGAAGGCUGUGCUUCUCUGGCCUCAGCUCUGAGCUCCAACCCCUCCCAUCUGAGAGAGCUGGACCUGAGCUACAAUCAUCCAGGAGACUCAGGAGAGAAGCUUCUGUCUGCUGGACUGAAGGAUCCACAGUGGAGACUGGACACUCUCAGGAUGGACCAUGGUGGACUGCAGAGACUGAAACCUGGUCUGAGGAAGUGUGAGUGUGUUUUCAGUUUGAUUCAUGAGAACUUUGAGAAAAACUGGAUGAAAUAUGUAAAAGAAGUGAAAAAAGUUCAAAAUGAUGGAAAAUGUGUUUUGUCAGAAAUGGGCGUGGCCUAAACUGACAUUUAUCUUGAACCAAUGAAUCCAUGAAACAGAAAUGUCCUUCUGUUUGUCACAGUUCAGGAGUUAAAAGAGAAAUGUUUUAUAAAUGUCCACAUGGUGGCGCUACCUGCUCCAAAAUGUCCCUCAUGUCUCUCCUGCAGAUAAAGUUCAUUCAUUCAUACUGACUUCAGCUGUUUGGAGCAUUUGGACUAA